AUGCCACGUUGCAGCAUCCUUUUGGAGUCUCAUAUAACAGCAAAGACAAUCAUCUAUAUGUCGCCGACUCCUAUAAUCACAAAUCCUUUGACUCGUGAAUGUGUCACCGUGUGUGGAAAUGGAUCAGCAGGUGCAGCUGUUGGCUCAUAUGGUAGUGCACAGUUUUCUGAACGGGGAGGUUUAUGUGUGUCACGCAACAGCUGCAAGCUGUAUGUGGCUGACACCAACAAUCAUUGUAUUAAGAUUGUAGACCUAGAAUCGAAAUUGUGUCUCAGAGAAGCUGCUGUUGUAGAGUCUGAAGUUAAGCAAGUCAAGGAGAGACGUGUGGCUCCUAGAGGAACUGCUGUCACUCAACUGCCUCCAUUGUGUAUGAGAGAUGGGAUUACAAGGAACAUUCGGUUGCACGUUGAGCUUCCUGCAGGCUAUCAUUUCACUGACGGAGCUACGAGUUGUUGGAAAAUUGUUAUUCCAGAAGGAUGCCCCAUCAAAGUGUUGGGUGACAAAUCAUGUUCAAUAAGUUCUAUCCAAGAUGUUUGUAUUUCUCUUUCUUGCACUUCAGCAGUCCAUCUAACUGAAUCAUCAUUUAAGGUUGAAGCUGUGGUAUAUUUCUGUGAGGAGUCAGGGCUCUGUCGUGUACAGGGUGCAAAGUUUCAGGUUCCAGUCAAUGUUUUGGAAAGCAGUGAGAUAUCAGCAGGAUGCCCCAUCAAAGUGUUGGGUGACAAAUCAGGUUCAAUAAGUUCAAUCCAAGAUGUUUGUAUCUCUCUUUCUUGCACUUCAGCAGUCCAUAUAACUGAAUCAUCAUUUGAGGUUGAAGCUGCGGUAUAUUUCUGUGAGGAGUCAGGCCUGUGUCGUGUACAGGGUGCAAAGUUUCAGGUUGCAGUCAAUGUUUUGGAAAGCAUUGAGAUAUCGGCAGGUUUGCAUGAUGAUUAUCAACGACGGUUGAUACGAAUUUUAGAAGUCUUAUAAAUUUUAUUUAUUAGUAUUUAUAAUGCUACAAUAAGAAUAUUUGAGCUUUAUAAAUAUUUAUAAAAUGACAAUAGGUUCACUAUUCUCAUGCUUUCGAUACGGGCACUACUCAAUGUAGCAAUUAAACUUGUUUCUUUGCAAGGACAGAUUGGGAGUGUUGCCAUG